GCAUCGACCUCCUCCAGGCUCCGCCCACUAGCCUAUAUUAGCGGCUCGGCCGUCAGCACCGUCGGCCACUGGCACAACAUAAUUGUCAUUGAUCCUGAAGCUGAGCGGAGGGAUUUACUUUAUUCAGCUUUCUUUAUUUUAUUCUGCUGAAAUAAUGGCGGACACACAGCUGGAGUCUGGCUCGGACAUCUCUGCCAAGGACCUGAAGGAGAAGAAGCUGGCAGAGGAGAAGGAGAACGGCAAAGAUGCUGCCACCAACGGAAAGGAGAACGAGGAGAACGGUGAGCCGGAUGUAGAUGAGGAGGAGGAGGAGGAAGUGGACGAGGAAGACGAGGAGGACGAUGGAGAAGGUGAUGAGGAAGACGAGGAGGAAGAUGAGGACGACAUUGAAGGUGGCACAAAACGGGCAGCUGAGGACGACGAUGAGGACGACGAGGACGACCUCGAAGUGAAGAAGCAGAAAACUGACGACGACGAUUGAUGCGUUCCCGUCCCCCCCCACCGCGCGCCAUCCUGCUGAACCACUUCCUGGUUCUUCACCUCUGACCUCUUUUCUACGUCACAGGUGGAGGGGCUGGAGGACUGACCUAAAAGAAAAAUGAUAAUUAAAAAUCCAACAUGGUCAUUAGCAAGUAGAGUUCAACAAGCAUCCGCCGCAACCCCCCCCCCCCCCCCCCCCCAAAUAAAAAGCUGCAAAACAAAUUUUCUAGAGGAACCCGCCACCGCAUCCGACGCAGAAAUCCGGCUUCUUUCCAACAACCCCAGAGGAGAAUUUGUUUGUAUUUUUAUUUACAUUUUAUAUUUUUGUACAUAUUGUUAGGAGGGGGCAGCGAAGCGAUCGCCAGACCAAAUCGGUGCUUCUUCAACAAAAAGAUUUUACUUGGUUGACCAUGUCAGGAUAUUUCAACAGAUGCUAGAAAAACGUGUAAAAACAAAAAAGCUAAAAACAGAACCUGUUAAGCCGUUGAACUCAGAGCAUUCCAGUAAAUUUAAUGUAUGUACUUUAGCUGUACCAUAACUAGUUUGUUUGUAUGGGAGGGAAAGGCCAAAGAAAAGAGCCUCUUUUCUUUUUCCUUUUAUUUUGUUUUUGUCGGCGACUUUUUGUUUUAUGACGGCCUGUUUUGAUGUAUGUGAGAGUUUGUUGUUUGACAAUAAACCGGACUUUUAUUUUGUGAGUUGUA